CGGCCCCGCCAUGGGAGCCGGGCACGGAGCGAGGCUCACCGCCCCGAGCCGCCGGCGGGGCUGAGCGCGGCGCCAGCGCAGGUACUGUGGAUCUAUGAAGCGCUUCCCUCCGAUGUGAAUGCAGUGUCCCCUGUGGGAUGCAGUAGGUGAUGCCCAGCUCUACUGCAAUGGCAAUUGGAGCUCUCUCKAGUUCUCUCCUUGUAACCUGCUGCCUCAUGGUUGCCCUCUGUAGCUCCACCGUACCCGUUCAAAAACUGGCCAAGGCUCAAGACAAACAGGAGAUAAAGGCCAGCCAGGAAAAGAGGGAUCACACGUCUGCAAGGGACAGCCAGACAGGUCCGGGGAAAAUGAAUGAGAUCGGCAGGAGCGGGAGGGAGGAGGGUAGCAGGGACUGGAAAAGCAAAGGGAGCAGGAACUACUCGAACAAGGAGUCCUGGACUAARCAAAAGCAGGCUUGGAACAGCCAGGGGACAGGCAGUAAAUCUGGGAGCAUCCAAAUGCAAGAGCAAAGGGAUGCUGCUCCCGAGGAACCUCAGGUGGCCGAAGAUUCAUCUCUCGCAGCAUCUGUUGCGAGCGUCACUCCCGAGCCUCCGGAGGAGUACGCCUAUCCGGACUACCGGGGCAAAGGCUGCGUGGACGAGAGCGGCUUCGUGUACGCCAUCGGGGAGAAGUUUGCGCCGGGCCCCUCUGCCUGCCCGUGCCUCUGCACUGAGGAGGGCCCGCUAUGUAUCCAGCCCGAGUGCCCCAGGCUCCACCCUCGCUGCAUCCAUGUGGACACCACGCAGUGCUGCCCGCAGUGCAAGGAGAGGAAGAACUACUGCGAGUUCCGAGGGAAAACCUACCAGACCCUAGAGGAGUUCAUGGUUUCUCCGUGUGAAAGGUGUCGCUGCGAGGCCAAUGGUGAAGUGCUGUGCACGGUGUCAGCCUGUCCCCAGACCGAGUGCGUGGAUCCCGUGUAUGAGCCCGACCAGUGCUGUCCCAUCUGCAAAAAUGGCCCGAACUGCUUUGCAGAAACCCUUGUCAUUCCAGCGGGACGGGAGGUGAAAACUGAYGAAUGCACUAUAUGUCACUGCACUUACGAAGAGGGCACGUGGAGGAUUGAACGGCAAGCCAUGUGCACUAGACAUGAAUGCAAGCAAAUAUAGGAAAUCUACAAAUCUACGGACUUUUCGUGGUUUUUAUAAAAUAUCCCACAGCAGAGAGCACCYGAGAUGACCCAGGGAAAUCUGAAUGAGAAGAUACUGGCAAGGAGCAAAGAAUAAAAAAACUGAUAUUUUGUUUUUCAGAGUAAUAUAAUACUGCAAGGCAAAGAAGUGCAUAUAUUUAAAACAUUUGGACAUAAGAAUACCUGUCUUAAAUGUGUUAUUUUCACAGUGAGUACACUAAAAUACACUAUAAAAUAUUCUAUGUAUUUCUAUGAUACCAUUAUAGAGCUUAAAAAUAAAUGUUUUAUAUAGACAAUACAGAUUAAAGUACUGUAUCAUUGCCUCUCCUCUUGUAUACAAGCGCCAUGGCUAAAACAUUACGUUUCUGUUUGAGUUUCAUUAUAUAAGGGUUUUUCUGUGGGUUUUUUUGGGUUUGUUUUGUGUUCGGGCUUUUUUUGCUGUUGCUCACUUUGAGUUUAUUGGGGCAGGCAAGAGAUAGCAUAUGACAAAACUUUGACAUUCCCAAUUUUGGAAAAAAGAGGAUAGAACAUGCUUUCAGAGAACAUGUGUGCAUUUAUGAAAAUAAAU